AUGUCGAGUUCAUCAAGUUCAAUCCAAGGCAAAGAUAAUACAAUCACGAAUGUGUCUGCGGUACCAGAGACGCAUGAUGGCAGCGAGCCUGUGCGUGAUAUCUCGGGUGAUGUUAUCGAGGAUGGUCUUCGGAGAGGUCUGAAGGGUCGCCAAUUUGUGAUCAUCGCCCUGGGCAGUAUUAUUGGACCUGGAUGUUUCUAUGGCCUGGGUUAUGGAAUCUAUGAAGCUGGUCCGUUGGGUUUACUUAUUGGAUUCUCUGUCGUUGGAGCCUCCAUGUGGAUAUUGAUGCAGAGUGUUGGUGAAGUUGCUACAUUAUUUCCAGUUCAUGGCGGUUUUGUUGAGCACUGUGACCGAUUCGUGGAUCCAGCACUCAGUUUUGCUGUAUCAUGGCUGUACUACUUCAUGUGGAGCGUUUUUCUAGCCUCGGACUGGAACAAUGCAACCGUCUUCCUCCAAUUCUGGAUUCCCGAGACAGCCGUACCUGUCUGGGCUUGGUAUAUCCUCAUCUUCGUCUUCUUCUCCAUACUCACAACUAUGGGAGUCAAUUUCUACGGAGAGAUAGAGUACUAUUUUGGCAUGUUCAAGUUUCUCUCGCUGAUUGUGCUUUUCUUCAUCUCCAUCCUUGCCAAUGUUGGUGCAUUUGGUAAUGGAUAUGUCGGAUUUCGAUACUGGAAAGAACCUUACGGCCCUAUUCAGAAUGGAGUCAAUGGCUUUGGCCAGGUCUUCGUCAUGGCAGCUGCCUACUAUGUUGGAACCGAAAUCGUGUCUGUGGCAGCAGGCGAGUCUAAAAACCCUCAGCGCGACGUCCCUAGAGCUACGAAUUCCAUCCUCUAUCGCAUCCUUGUCGUGUUUAUUGGCAUGUCCUUCUUCCAAGGCCUGAUCUGCCCAUCUACAUCAGACGACCUAGUCCACCCAGGAUCCAAAACGGCCUCUUCUCCAUUUACUAUCGGCUUCACUCUUGCUGGAUGGAAAUCAUCCGCCCAUUUUGUCAACGCUAUAAUCCUCAUUGCAUUUGUGUCGGCCGCUAACGGAGUCGUUUACAUCCAAUCUCGAACCUUAUACUCGCUAGCCUUGAAACGCAAAGCUCCCUCGUUCUUCGCAAUUACAACCGCCAGAGGAGUCCCAUACGUGGCUAUUCUUUUCUCAAAUAUGUGGGGCUUCCUCGGUCUAAUGUCCCUCCAAACAACCGCGGGCAGCCUCUUCUCCUACUUCACCUCCUUCGGGGGUACAGCGGCCUACAUUGCCUGGGCCGUGAUAACAUUCGUACAGCUCCGAGUGCGCGCAGCCGCGAAAAGGAAAGACAUUGAUGUCAAAACCUUUCCCUUUACAGCACCGGGUCACAUCUCGAUCUACUGGGGCAAUUUCCUUUUCAAUAUUUUCCUGUUAUUGAUUCAGGGUUUUACGGUCUUUGAGACUCCGUUCAACUAUCAGUCGUUUAUUGCGUCUUAUAUUAGCAUUCCGGUGUUCUUUGCGAUGUUUGGUGGGUAUAAGUGGUGGUUUAAGACUAAGUGGGUGCCCCUUGAUAGCAUUGACUUUUCAGGAAGACUUCGGCGGUCCCUUGAAGAGGAGGAUACUUUACAAAAGAGAUCGUGGGGUCGUAACGUUUUGGACGUGUUGAAGGAUUAG